UCUAUCAUCAAUCUUUAAAGCUUUCAAACUCCCCAUUAACGAUGAACAUGAAGGUAGUGAAGACGUCAACCGAGAUUAUCAAGCCUUCUUCUCCGACCCCCACCCAUCUCCGCCGCCUCCGCCGCUCCUUCAUCGACCAAAUCACUCCUAAAUUCUUCAUGGCCUUCAUUUACUACUACCUACCACCACCCACCAACGCCGAUCCCAUACCUGCCAAUCGCCAAAGGAUCGACCGACUAAAGCAAUCCCUCGCCGACGUGCUUCCCCUUUACUACCCAUUUGCCGGCCGAGAAACAGACCCUUUAUUCAUCGACUGCGACGACACCGGCGUGGAGUUCUCCGAAUCCGUCGUCGUCGACCUCCGAAUUUCUGACGUCGUCGCCGAGAAAAAUCCCAAAGAAGUGAGACAGUUACUUCCCUUCCAGGACUUAGAAAACGGGGAUAACUCCCGGAUCUUGUCUGUUCAAGCCAACGUAUUCGAAUGCGGCGGCCUGGCUGUCGGAAUCUGCAUGUCCCAUAAAAUCGCCGACACCUUCUCCGCCGUCACUUUCAUCAAUUCCUGGGCCGCGUCCGCCAACGGUAAAGACCCAACCAAGCCCGAAUUCGAUGUUGCCUCUGUUUUCCCUCCGCGAGAUCUUCCCGAAUUCAGAAACGCUGAAAGCACCGAUGAUAACCGUAAGGACGAGAAGAUUAUAAACAGGGUUUUCAAUUUCAGCAAUUCAUCCAUAUCUUCACUCAAAGAGAAAUACGCCACUCCCGAAAUCCGUCCGAGCGGGGUCGAGGCGGUGUCUACUUUUAUAUGGACCAGGUAUAUCCAAAUCGGGAAGCACCUGGAGCGGUCGGGUGUAAAAUACAUCGCUACCCAAGCGUUGAAUCUCCGAACACGGGCAGAUCCGAAGCUGGAUUCGUAUUCCGGGAACCUAAGCUGGUUCGCGAUGGGUUUUCCGGACAUGGGAGAACCGGCGGAGAAGGGUUACGGCUUGGUGGCAGCUUUUAGGGAGGGGAUCAAGAAAGUAGACGGGGAAUAUGUGAAGAGGCUGCAGAACGGGGACGUGGAUUUGGCCUUAGGCGGGUUGAAGGAGGUGACCGGAGGGGAUGUGGUUCGGUUGGGGUUCAGCAGUAUGAACAGGUUCCCGUUUUAUGAAGCGGAUUUCGGGUGGGGAAAACCCGAUUGGGUGAGCCUGGCACAUUUUGAUUUCAAGAACGUGGUGGCGUUUCUGCCGGCAGCGUCGGGCGAUGGGGUUGAGGUUUGGAUUAACUUGGAGGAGGAGGAAAUGAAGAAGCUUGAAUCCGACAAUGAAUUCAUGGAAUUUAUCGCAUGAAUCAAAAUUUUCUUUUAUCGAAUUCCU